UGUCAAACAACAAUUUAAAAUUGAAUAUCGACCGAAGUUACUUAUUCCUUUUCAGACAAAUAAAACAAUAAAUGUUAAUGAAUACACUUAUUUCGUAAAUAAAUAAUACUUUUAUUACGUUAAAACCAUGUCUGCCUUAAAUGAAGAAAUAAAAGAACUUAAAAGGAGAAAUGUCGAACUGGCAAAGGCUUUGGAGGACUCGAAAUUAACGACAGCGCAAAUAGAUAGAGAAAAAUUGAAUCUCAUCCGAGAACGAAACGAGUUAAAGUUAAAGUUGAAUAGAAUUCGCAGUGGCGGUGCUGCUCAAAUACGUCAAUUGGAUGCUGCACUUCAAGCUGCGAUUCAGGAGACACUUACACAUUUGGUGCAAGCGUCUAAUGCGGUCGCGAGGACUAUGGAAUUGGCUAAAACAUACAUGCGCGAUAGACAAGAGCUUGACGCGUCCUCUCCUCGCUGGAGCAAGCUAAGUGGAACUCCGGCUGCAACAGAGAGGGAGAGGGUAAACAGAGUUCAUCCUCUGCUGAUUGGUGGUCAGUCAAUCCACCCUGUGGUGUCACUCAGCAGAACUUUAUUCAAUAGUAGCAACUCAUCAUCAACAAACAGGAGUCCUAAUCAACAAAACCGCAAUGUCACAGAGCGGGCUGUCCCUAUGCAUGUCUUACAAGAUGUAUAUAUACCACUGACAAGGAUAGAUGCAGCAGAACUGAUGGGCAAUCAAGAAGACGAUGAGGCUAACAAUAUAGAAAAUAGUACAGAAGACAUUGGUCUGGAAGAGAGUGGUGAGCAGGAAUUGGAGGAAUCACAGAAUGGCAAUAAUUCUGCAUGCAUGAGUCCGCAAUUACUUGAAACGGUCAUAGAAGAAGAGGAGAGUGAUCAGACUUCACCCGCCAGUGCAAGUUGUGCGGACAACCCGUUAGAAGGUCCUAGUUGGUUGCUUGACGUCCAUAAUGAUACAAGGACAAGCAGGGCUCAGAGCCGCGUGUCUCUGGAGCCGGACUCCACUACUGAACUGCAGGACAUCGCAGGUAGAGCUUCUACGUCUGUUUGCAAGCAACAGAGUGAAGCGUCGCCGGUGGUGGGGAUGGCGGGGGGCGAGUUCACUCCCACCCUUCGCCGCCGCAAGCGCACCUCCUCCCCCCAGCAGCCUCCGUCGCGUAGAAACAGUAUCAACAAGCGGGUCCUAAAAGUGGUUGUCGCGAAGAUGAAAUUCGACGACGAACUGAACCCUACACCUCCUAAGAAGAUGAAGCCCCAGUCAUCACCGCGGCCAUCACCUACCCCGCAGUCUGUUCACCAGAAGGUGGCUAAGCUGUCAGUGUCCCAAGAACAGGUUGAGGUGUUAUCACCUAUUCUGCAGAUGAAGGUCCGGCCCAAAGUCGUGAUAGACUCCGCCUUGGCAGAAAUGACGCGAUUUGACGCCCCCAGCCCCAACGGAGCGACUGACGCCCGCGUCAUCAUCCUCUCUGAACCGAGCACACCCGCGUGCGGCAGCGAGGCCGCGCCGCGCCGAGCCGCCGGCAGCCCUCUACAUACUGACAAUGAUAUACAAACACGCGUCACGCGGCGAGACACCAACAAACCUAGAGAUACGAGUGCAUCUCGGCGGGACACGAGUGCAUCCCGACGAGACACUAGUGCCACCCGACGAGACACGAGUGCAUCUCGACGGGACACGAUUGUCUCUCGACGUGAAACGGACGAGAAUCGACGUGACAGUCGGAGCGUGACACCAGAGAGUGACAGCUGUCUUGACAGACAGGAAGGACGCUCUAGAAGACCGAGAAAACAAGUCGUGUACAGAGAAAAACCGCUCAAUAGAAAAUUACGAAGAUAAACAAAAACUAGAUGUUCGUUGCGACACAUUUAUAUCCAUGUAUAUAUGAUGUUUAGUAUAUGAAUGUUAAAAAUAAUGAAAUAUCAAGGAAUGUUAGUAAAUUACGUAGUUUAAAAAAUACGUUAAUGUUUUGAAUUGUCAAUUAUUAAUUACUAGUUGUUUAUAGCGACUUUAUCUGUAUUGUGAAAACUUUAUUGUAUUGUUUAUAUUCUAUGAAACUUUUAAUUUCAAAUGUCAAAAUUAAAUACCUAAAUGACAACAUAGGCCUUUUGCCAUUGGAUAAUGUUGCCAUGGAAAUCUUUGAUGCUAUUGCCUUGUAUAUUUGUCCCUUUCUCGCAUGAUUUAUCUACCCCCGAUUUAAAUACCUAAAAUAGCUUAUAGAAUAUCGUAAGGGGCUUUUAAUUAAUAUACUGUGAUUUCUGACAAACAUAACAAAGUUUGUUUACCCUUUAUUAUGUUUUGUUGUACUUAUUACUAACUAAAAAAACAGACAAUGCUUCUUUACAUCUAUUGUUACUUUUUCUGCCUUUUUCCUUGUUCUUCGUAUAUUUUUCUUGUUUCUAACAUUAAUGAAUUCUAAUUUAAGAAUAUAUUUCUUUCGUAAAAUAAGAUGUUGUAUAAUUAUAUCUGUUUAUUUUAUAUUAUUCUUUCUAAAUGUAUGUACUUAAUAAUUUGUAUAGAUAGAUGCUUUUACUGUUUUCUAGAUAUUUAACUUGACUAAUUCAUAUUUCUUUAUCUCUUUGAAUCAUUCUUAAAAUAUAGUAAAAAAAUUAACCCUUUCACUGAAGCAAUAUCCUUUUUAUGGACUUACUAAUGUGCAUGAGAUUUUAGAUUUAUUUUCCAAGCUAUAUAAGGUAUUUCUAAUUAUUUAUAGGUUAUGUUAAUUAGCUGUCAAUAGCUAAAGCCCACUAUACACGCUAUCUUAUAUAAACAAUAGGAUCGUGUGUAGCGGGCCUAAUGUGGAUUAAAAAUUGUUUAAACACAUAUUGAAUUGUAUCCUGUAAGACUGAUAGACAAGUUUGUUUUAUUUAUUGUAGGAAAACUAAAACAAAAUGUGUAAUCUGUAUUUAAAAUUCCUUUUGAUUAGCUUAAUGGAUUUUAAUUUAAUCUGUUAAUAUUCUCAUGUUGUAAUUGUCUUCUGUAAUGUUUGUAACCUUAUUAUUUAUAAAAUGCAUUACAACAU